CCCCUCGCCGGUCCACCCCCUUCACGGAGCAUGCGCUGUCCUCCCUCUGUCCCGCCCCUCCCCUCCAGAGCCCCCGGUUCCUUAGAAACCAGGCGGCGUGUUCACGGUGUCCGGGCGCUAGAUUACGGUGCCUGCUCAUCCCGGCCAGUCUCCUUCAAGGCUGACGGGUGUCCUUCGAGACCCGACCGGACCCAUGGUGUCGGCUGCGGCGCGGAGCGGGCGAUGCCAGCGUGCCAGGAGCCAUGCUUGACCAGGAUGCUGGGACGAUUGGCUCCAUGCUGGAGGCCCUUGUGAGGAGAUGAGACGGUGAGCAGAGGCUGGAAUGAAGAUGCUGCCAGGAGUAGGUGUGUUUGGGACUGGCAGCUCAGCCCGGGUCCUGGUCCCACUGCUAAGAGCAGAAGGGUUCACUGUGGAGGCCCUGUGGGGGAAGACAGAGGAGGAGGCGAAGCAGCUUGCCAAGGAGAUGGACAUCACCUUCUACACUAGCCGCACUGAUGAUGUGUUGCUGCAUCAGGAUGUGGACCUGGUGUGCAUCAACAUCCCCCCUCCGCUCACUCGGCAGAUAUGUGUGAAAGCUCUAGGUAUUGGGAAGAAUGUGGUCUGUGAGAAAGCAGCGACAUCGGUGGAUGCCUUCCGGAUGGUGACAGCCUCACGCUACUACCCACAGCUCAUGAGCCUGGUGGGAAAUGUGCUGCGCUUCCUGCCUGCCUUCGUGCGUAUGAAGCAGCUGAUUGCAGAGCAUUAUGUAGGCGCAGUGAUGAUCUGUGAUGCCCGCAUCUACUCAGGCAGCCUGCUCAGCCCAAGCUAUGGCUGGAUCUGUGACGAGCUCAUGGGUGGCGGGGGCCUGCACACCAUGGGCACCUACAUCGUGGACCUGCUGACCCACCUGACUGGCAGGAGAGCUGAGAAGGUCCAUGGGCUGCUCAAGACCUUCGUGAGGCAGAAUGCUGCCAUCCGUGGCAUCCGGCAUGUCACCAGCGAUGACUUCUGUUUCUUCCAAAUGCUCAUGGGUGGAGGAGUAUGCAGCACAGUGACGCUUAACUUCAACAUGCCAGGUGCCUUCGUGCAUGAAGUCAUGGUGGUGGGCUCUGCAGGGCGCCUUGUCGCCCGUGGAGCUGACCUCUAUGGGCAAAAGAACUCUGCCACACAAGAGGAACUGCUAGUGAGAGACUCACUGGCCAUGGGUGCAGGGCUGCCUGAGCAGGGGCUCCAGGAUGUCCCCCUGCUCUACCUGAAGGGCAUGGUCUACAUGGUGCAGGCCUUGCGCCAAUCCUUCCAGGGCCAGGGGGACCGUCGCACCUGGGACCGUACCCCUGUCUCCAUGGCUGCCUCAUUCGAGGAUGGGCUCUACAUGCAGAGUGUGGUGGAUGCCAUAAAAAGGUCAAGCCGUUCAGGGGAGUGGGAGACCGUAGAGGUUCUGACAGAGGAGCCUGAUGCCAACCAGAACCUGUGUGAGGCUCUUCAGCGGAAUAAUCUAUGAGCCUGCAGAUGGGCUCCC